AUGGAUGAGAAGCAUUCAGAACUUACUAAGACUGGAGUCUUCAAUGCAGCUAUAAAUAGCAAAGCUGACCUGGUGGGGAAGCCAAGGGUGCUUUUAAGGAGCUCUGGCAAAACGGGCAUGAUGAUGGUCUUCACUUGGAUGCUAUUGUUAAGUUCAGGAGUUCUGGCAACUACUACAGAUAAAAGAUCUACAACCACCACUACAACUGAGUUUACUACAACACCUGAACCUACCACCUAUGCAAGAUCUACAACCACCACCACACCUGAGUUUACUACAUCUGAAACUACCACCUGGAACUAUUCCUGUGGUGGAUUGCUGACACAAUCAUAUGGCACAUUUUCCAGUCCAUUCUAUCCUGGAUACUAUUUAAACAACAUGAAUUGUGUGUGGCGAAUCCAAGUAUCCUCGGGCCGCCUCAUAAAUCUCAUGUUUACGGAUGUUCAGCUGGAAGGUGAUUCUUGCCAAUAUGAUUACAUUGAGGUCUAUGAUACAGGCUUUUAUGGGCUCACGUUACUUGGGAGAGUGUGUAAUGGUUCCAUGCACACGUUUACAUCGCUCUCAAACAAACUGAUGGUUCAGUUUCACAGUGAUGGUAGUGUCACAAGAAGAGGUUUCCGGGCAGAAUAUUAUUCAUUUCUCGAAUAUGACAAUAGUACCAGCCUUAGAUUGGUGAAUGGAAGCAAUAGAUGUGAGGGGCGCAUAGAAAUUUAUCACAAUGGAACCUGGGGGACAGUUUGUGAUGAUUCGUGGGAUCAAAGAGAUGCCCAGGUUGUGUGCAGGCAGCUUGGAUGUGGCCUGGCCGCUUCAGCGCCAGGAAAUGCUUAUUUUGGCCAAGGCUCGGGAUCUAUUCACCUGGAUGAUGUGCAGUGUUCAGGGAAUGAGUCAUUCCUCUGGCAGUGUCCUCACCGUGGAUGGGGUGCACACAACUGUCAUCAUGGUGAAGAUGCUGGUGUCAUCUGCUUUGCUCCCACUACAACAACGCAGACGCCUGGAACAGCAAGGCCUUCUUGUGGUGGUUUACUUUCAAAUUCAUCUGGGACAUUUCACAGCCCAUUCUAUCCUGGAAAUUAUGCAAGCAAUGCCAACUGUGUAUGGGAAAUACAAGUAAUGAACAAUUACCGUGUAACAGUCACGUUCAGAGAUAUUACGUUGGAAGGUGGUCAGUGCCAAUAUAACUACAUUGAAGUGUAUGAUGGACCAUUAUAUUCCUCUCCAUUGCUUGGGAGAAUUUGUUAUGCUUCUGUUAUCACCUACACAUCGUCCUCAAACUUGAUGACUGUUCGGUUUCACGGUGACUACAGUUACGCAGCCAGAGGGUUUUCGGCUGACUAUUACUCCAUUCCAGCAGAUCAGAAUACUACGCUCCUGUGCUUGCCAGAAUACAUGAAGGCCGUUGUUAGCAGAGCCUACCUCAGUUCACAAGGCUACUCUGCAUGGGAUGUCAGCUUGAGUGACCCUUCUUGUAGACCAACAAUUACACCAUACUAUGUUAUUUUUGAUAUACCAUACACCCGCUGUGGCACCAGAAGAGAGGGAGACAACAAUACAAUCACUUAUACCAACCAGAUCACAGUAACCUCUUCUGGUUACAUAAUCAAAAGACAAAAGGACCUUCAUGUGCAUGUCAACUGCAAAAUGCUCCAGAACACCUGGGUACAAGUUAUGUAUGUUGCUGACAAUGUUAUCGAGGUCAACGAAACUCAGUACAGCAGAUACAAUGUGAACUUGACAUUUUAUAGAUCAUCAUCAUUCUCACAGCCAGUCUAUGACUGGCCAUACUACGUUGAUUUAAACCAGAAUCUAUUCCUUCAAGCUUAUCUUCACAGCUCUGACUCGAAUCUGGUGUUGUUUGUGGACACAUGUGUAGCAUCCCCUGAUCCCAAUGAUUUUACAACUACAUCAUAUGAUUUAAUCAGGAAUGGCUGCAUUAGAGAUUCUACGUACAGGACAUACUACUCAGGCUACAAUUACAUGGCCCGGUUUAAAUUUAAUGCCUUCCAUUUUAUUAACUGGCAUCCAUCUGUUUACUUGCAAUGCCAGAUGGUGGUGUGCAGGGCAUAUGAUUAUUCCUCCCGUUGCUACCAGGGCUGCCUCUCUCGGUCCAAGAGAGAUACCGGCUCUUCUCAUGAAAAAGUGACUGUUGUUGUUGGCCCGAUUCAGCUUCGGAGAGAUGGCAGCCAGAACAGGAAUGCUGAACCGGACUUUUCAGGCCUUCAGAAAAAUGUGGAUAUGGAUAAUCCAUUAAUUGCUCCUGUUGAAAAUCACUUUGUUCCAUUUGUUGUUGCUGCUGCGGUCCUGGCAGUUGCAGUUAUCACUCUUGCUGGUUUUCUUUUGAAAAACAAAAUGGAGAAGAAAGAGGUUCCCUACAAGAUAAUGAUUGUUGAGCACCAAGGAAUAAGCAUCCGACUGGUGAAUGGAAGGAACAGAUGUGAGGGCCGUGUAGAAAUCAGUUACAACGGAGCCUGGGGGACGGUUUGUGAUGAUUCCUGGGAUUUCAGCGAUGCUGAGGUUGUGUGCAGGCAGCUUGGAUGUGGCUCCGCCAUUUCAUCCGCACAAAGUGCCUACUUUGGUCAAGGCUCCGGGUAUAUUCACCUGGAUGAUGUGCAGUGCAGAGGAAAUGAGUGCUAUCUCUGGCAAUGCCCUCACCAGGGCUGGGGAAGCCAUAACUGUGGACAUAGUGAAGAUGCUGGUGUCAUCUGUUCAGGUGCUUAUGCAACCAGCACAACCACGAAGCCGACAUGGGCUACAUCAAGAGGAAUAAGCAUCCGACUGGUGAAUGGAAGGAACAGAUGUGAGGGCCGUGUAGAAAUCAGUUACAACGGAGCCUGGGGGACGGUUUGUGAUGAUUCCUGGGAUUUCAGCGAUGCUGAGGUUGUGUGCAGGCAGCUUGGAUGUGGCUCCGCCAUUUCAUCCGCACAAAGUGCCUACUUUGGUCAAGGCUCCGGGUAUAUUCACCUGGAUGAUGUGCAGUGCAGAGGAAAUGAGUGCUAUCUCUGGCAAUGCCCUCACCGGGGCUGGGGAAGCCAUAACUGUGGACAUAGUGAAGACGCUGGUGUCAUCUGUUCGGGUGCUUAUGCAACCAGCACAACCACGAGGCCGACAUGGGCUACAUCAAGAGAUGCAAGAUCUACAACCACCACUACAACUGAGUUUACUACAACACCUGAACCUACCACCUAUACAAGAUCUACAACCACCACCACACCUGAGUUUACUACAACAUCUGAACUUACCACCUAUCAAACUAUAGCUGAUGAACUACUUGUGCAACUCACGAAUGGGCCAAACAGAUGUGCAGGUCGUGUUGAAAUAUUUUAUUUUGGAAGCUGGUAUAAAGUUUGUGGCUCUUUAUGGGAUAUGAACGAUGCACUGGUUUUGUGCAGACAACUUAAUUGUGGCUCAGCUGUUGCUGCGUUGAGAAAUUCCUAUUAUGGUGAAGGCUGGUUAUAUCCUCUGAUGACAGCAGUGAACUGCACUGGCUCUGAACAUUUUUUAUGGGAGUGUCCUUAUCAACAUUGGCCCCAUUCAUGUGACUAUUAUGGGGAUGCCAGUGUGAUAUGUUCAGAUUCUGGAGUGACAGCACCUCCACAAACAGGUAACUCAGAAUUUGAGCUAAGCUCUACCACUACAACAACGCAGAAGCCUGGAGCAGGUACCAGCCUCAGAUUGGUGAAUGGAAGCAAUAGAUGUGAGGGGCGCAUAGAAAUUUAUCACAAUGGAACCUGGGGGACAGUUUGUGAUGAUUCGUGGGAUCAAAGAGAUGCCCAGGUUGUGUGCAGGCAGCUUGGAUGUGGCCUGGCCGCUUUAGCACCAGGAAAUGCUUAUUUUGGCCAAGGCUCAGGAUCUAUUCACCUGGAUGAUGUGCAGUGUUCAGGGAAUGAGUCAUUCCUCUGGCAGUGUCCUCACCGUGGAUGGGGCGCACACAACUGUGGUCAUGGUGAAGAUGCUGGUGUCAUCUGCUCAGCUCCCACUACAACAACACAGACGCCUGCAACAGGGAACUAUUCCUGUGGUGGAUUGCUGACACAAUCAUAUGGCACAUUUUCCAGUCCAUUCUAUCCUGGAUACUAUUUAAACAACAUGAAUUGUGUGUGGCGAAUCCAAGUAUCCUCGGGCCGCCUCAUAAAUCUGAUGUUUACGGAUGUUCAGCUGGAAGGUGAUUCUUGCCAAUAUGAUUACAUUGAGGUCUAUGAUACAGGCUUUUAUGGGCUCACGUUACUUGGGAGAGUGUGUAAUGGUUCCAUGCACACGUUUACAUCGCUCUCAAACAAACUGAUGGUUCAGUUUCACAGUGAUGGUAGUGUCACAAGAAGAGGUUUCCGGGCAGAAUAUUAUUCAUUUCUCAAAUAUGACAAUACUACCACUACAACAACGCAGAAGCCUGGAGCAGGUACCAGCCUCAGAUUGGUGAAUGGAAGCAAUAGAUGUGAGGGGCGCAUAGAAAUUUAUCACAAUGGAACCUGGGGGACAGUUUGUGAUGAUUCGUGGGAUCAAAGAGAUGCCCAGGUUGUGUGCAGGCAGCUUGGAUGUGGCCUGGCCGCUUUAGCACCAGGAAAUGCUUAUUUUGGCCAAGGCUCAGGAUCUAUUCACCUGGAUGAUGUGCAGUGUUCAGGGAAUGAGUCAUUCCUCUGGCAGUGUCCUCACCGUGGAUGGGGCGCACACAACUGUGGUCAUGGUGAAGAUGCUGGUGUCAUCUGCUCAGCUCCCACUACAACAACACAGACGCCUGCAACAGGGAACUAUUCCUGUGGUGGAUUGCUGACACAAUCAUAUGGCACAUUUUCCAGUCCAUUCUAUCCUGGAUACUAUUUAAACAACAUGAAUUGUGUGUGGCGAAUCCAAGUAUCCUCGGGCCGCCUCAUAAAUCUCAUGUUUACGGAUGUUCAGCUGGAAGGUGAUUCUUGCCAAUAUGAUUACAUUGAGGUCUAUGAUACAGGCUUUUAUGGGCUCACGUUACUUGGGAGAGUGUGUAAUGGUUCCAUGCACACGUUUACAUCGCUCUCAAACAAACUGAUGGUUCAGUUUCACAGUGAUGGUAGUGUCACAAGAAGAGGUUUCCGGGCAGAAUAUUAUUCAUUUCUCAAAUAUGACAAUACUACCACUACAACAACGCAGAAGCCUGGAGCAGGUACCAGCCUCAGAUUGGUGAAUGGAAGCAAUAGAUGUGAGGGGCGCAUAGAAAUUUAUCACAAUGGAACCUGGGGGACAGUUUGUGAUGAUUCGUGGGAUCAAAGAGAUGCCCAGGUUGUGUGCAGGCAGCUUGGAUGUGGCCUGGCCGCUUUAGCACCAGGAAAUGCUUAUUUUGGCCAAGGCUCAGGAUCUAUUCACCUGGAUGAUGUGCAGUGUUCAGGGAAUGAGUCAUUCCUCUGGCAGUGUCCUCACCGUGGAUGGGGCGCACACAACUGUGGUCAUGGUGAAGAUGCUGGUGUCAUCUGCUCAGCUCCCACUACAACAACACAGACGCCUGUAACAGGGAACUAUUCCUGUGGUGGAUUGCUGACACAAUCAUAUGGCACAUUUUCCAGUCCAUUCUAUCCUGGAUACUAUUUAAACAACAUGAAUUGUGUGUGGCGAAUCCAAGUAUCCUCGGGCCGCCUCAUAAAUCUGAUGUUUACGGAUGUUCAGCUGGAAGGUGAUUCUUGCCAAUAUGAUUACAUUGAGGUCUAUGAUACAGGCUUUUAUGGGCUCACGUUACUUGGGAGAGUGUGUAAUGGUUCCAUGCACACGUUUACAUCGCUCUCAAACAAACUGAUGGUUCAGUUUCACAGUGAUGGUAGUGUCACAAGAAGAGGUUUCCGGGCAGAAUAUUAUUCAUUUCUCAAAUAUGACAAUACUACCACUACAACAACGCAGAAGCCUGGAGCAGGUACCAGCCUCAGAUUGGUGAAUGGAAGCAAUAGAUGUGAGGGGCGCAUAGAAAUUUAUCACAAUGGAACCUGGGGGACAGUUUGUGAUGAUUCGUGGGAUCAAAGAGAUGCCCAGGUUGUGUGCAGGCAGCUUGGAUGUGGCCUGGCCGCUUUAGCACCAGGAAAUGCUUAUUUUGGCCAAGGCUCAGGAUCUAUUCACCUGGAUGAUGUGCAGUGUUCAGGGAAUGAGUCAUUCCUCUGGCAGUGUCCUCACCGUGGAUGGGGCGCACACAACUGUGGUCAUGGUGAAGAUGCUGGUGUCAUCUGCUCAGCUCCCACUACAACAACACAGACGCCUGCAACAGGGAACUAUUCCUGUGGUGGAUUGCUGACACAAUCAUAUGGCACAUUUUCCAGUCCAUUCUAUCCUGGAUACUAUUUAAACAACAUGAAUUGUGUGUGGCGAAUCCAAGUAUCCUCGGGCCGCCUCAUAAAUCUGAUGUUUACGGAUGUUCAGCUGGAAGGUGAUUCUUGCCAAUAUGAUUACAUUGAGGUCUAUGAUACAGGCUUUUAUGGGCUCACGUUACUUGGGAGAGUGUGUAAUGGUUCCAUGCACACGUUUACAUCGCUCUCAAACAAACUGAUGGUUCAGUUUCACAGUGAUGGUAGUGUCACAAGAAGAGGUUUCCGGGCAGAAUAUUAUUCAUUUCUCAAAUAUGACAAUACUACCACUACAACAACGCAGAAGCCUGGAGCAGGUACCAGCCUCAGAUUGGUGAAUGGAAGCAAUAGAUGUGAGGGGCGCAUAGAAAUUUAUCACAAUGGAACCUGGGGGACAGUUUGUGAUGAUUCGUGGGAUCAAAGAGAUGCCCAGGUUGUGUGCAGGCAGCUUGGAUGUGGCCUGGCCGCUUUAGCACCAGGAAAUGCUUAUUUUGGCCAAGGCUCAGGAUCUAUUCACCUGGAUGAUGUGCAGUGUUCAGGGAAUGAGUCAUUCCUCUGGCAGUGUCCUCACCGUGGAUGGGGCGCACACAACUGUGGUCAUGGUGAAGAUGCUGGUGUCAUCUGCUCAGCUCCCACUACAACAACACAGACGCCUGCAACAGGGAACUAUUCCUGUGGUGGAUUGCUGACACAAUCAUAUGGCACAUUUUCCAGUCCAUUCUAUCCUGGAUACUAUUUAAACAACAUGAAUUGUGUGUGGCGAAUCCAAGUAUCCUCGGGCCGCCUCAUAAAUCUCAUGUUUACGGAUGUUCAGCUGGAAGGUGAUUCUUGCCAAUAUGAUUACAUUGAGGUCUAUGAUACAGGCUUUUAUGGGCUCACGUUACUUGGGAGAGUGUGUAAUGGUUCCAUGCACACGUUUACAUCGCUCUCAAACAAACUGAUGGUUCAGUUUCACAGUGAUGGUAGUGUCACAAGAAGAGGUUUCCGGGCAGAAUAUUAUUCAUUUCUCAAAUAUGACAAUACUACCACUACAACAACGCAGAAGCCUGGAGCAGGUACCAGCCUCAGAUUGGUGAAUGGAAGCAAUAGAUGUGAGGGGCGCAUAGAAAUUUAUCACAAUGGAACCUGGGGGACAGUUUGUGAUGAUUCGUGGGAUCAAAGAGAUGCCCAGGUUGUGUGCAGGCAGCUUGGAUGUGGCCUGGCCGCUUUAGCACCAGGAAAUGCUUAUUUUGGCCAAGGCUCAGGAUCUAUUCACCUGGAUGAUGUGCAGUGUUCAGGGAAUGAGUCAUUCCUCUGGCAGUGUCCUCACCGUGGAUGGGGCGCACACAACUGUGGUCAUGGUGAAGAUGCUGGUGUCAUCUGCUCAGCUCCCACUACAACAACACAGACGCCUGCAACAGGGAACUAUUCCUGUGGUGGAUUGCUGACACAAUCAUAUGGCACAUUUUCCAGUCCAUUCUAUCCUGGAUACUAUUUAAACAACAUGAAUUGUGUGUGGCGAAUCCAAGUAUCCUCGGGCCGCCUCAUAAAUCUGAUGUUUACGGAUGUUCAGCUGGAAGGUGAUUCUUGCCAAUAUGAUUACAUUGAGGUCUAUGAUACAGGCUUUUAUGGGCUCACGUUACUUGGGAGAGUGUGUAAUGGUUCCAUGCACACGUUUACAUCGCUCUCAAACAAACUGAUGGUUCAGUUUCACAGUGAUGGUAGUGUCACAAGAAGAGGUUUCCGGGCAGAAUAUUAUUCAUUUCUCAAAUAUGACAAUACUACCACUACAACAACGCAGAAGCCUGGAGCAGGUACCAGCCUCAGAUUGGUGAAUGGAAGCAAUAGAUGUGAGGGGCGCAUAGAAAUUUAUCACAAUGGAACCUGGGGGACAGUUUGUGAUGAUUCGUGGGAUCAAAGAGAUGCCCAGGUUGUGUGCAGGCAGCUUGGAUGUGGCCUGGCCGCUUUAGCACCAGGAAAUGCUUAUUUUGGCCAAGGCUCAGGAUCUAUUCACCUGGAUGAUGUGCAGUGUUCAGGGAAUGAGUCAUUCCUCUGGCAGUGUCCUCACCGUGGAUGGGGCGCACACAACUGUGGUCAUGGUGAAGAUGCUGGUGUCAUCUGCUCAGCUCCCACUACAACAACACAGACGCCUGUAACAGGGAACUAUUCCUGUGGUGGAUUGCUGACACAAUCAUAUGGCACAUUUUCCAGUCCAUUCUAUCCUGGAUACUAUUUAAACAACAUGAAUUGUGUGUGGCGAAUCCAAGUAUCCUCGGGCCGCCUCAUAAAUCUGAUGUUUACGGAUGUUCAGCUGGAAGGUGAUUCUUGCCAAUAUGAUUACAUUGAGGUCUAUGAUACAGGCUUUUAUGGGCUCACGUUACUUGGGAGAGUGUGUAAUGGUUCCAUGCACACGUUUACAUCGCUCUCAAACAAACUGAUGGUUCAGUUUCACAGUGAUGGUAGUGUCACAAGAAGAGGUUUCCGGGCAGAAUAUUAUUCAUUUCUCAAAUAUGACAAUACUACCACUACAACAACGCAGAAGCCUGGAGCAGGUACCAGCCUCAGAUUGGUGAAUGGAAGCAAUAGAUGUGAGGGGCGCAUAGAAAUUUAUCACAAUGGAACCUGGGGGACAGUUUGUGAUGAUUCGUGGGAUCAAAGAGAUGCCCAGGUUGUGUGCAGGCAGCUUGGAUGUGGCCUGGCCGCUUUAGCACCAGGAAAUGCUUAUUUUGGCCAAGGCUCAGGAUCUAUUCACCUGGAUGAUGUGCAGUGUUCAGGGAAUGAGUCAUUCCUCUGGCAGUGUCCUCACCGUGGAUGGGGCGCACACAACUGUGGUCAUGGUGAAGAUGCUGGUGUCAUCUGCUCAGCUCCCACUACAACAACACAGACGCCUGUAACAGGGAACUAUUCCUGUGGUGGAUUGCUGACACAAUCAUAUGGCACAUUUUCCAGUCCAUUCUAUCCUGGAUACUAUUUAAACAACAUGAAUUGUGUGUGGCGAAUCCAAGUAUCCUCGGGCCGCCUCAUAAAUCUGAUGUUUACGGAUGUUCAGCUGGAAGGUGAUUCUUGCCAAUAUGAUUACAUUGAGGUCUAUGAUACAGGCUUUUAUGGGCUCACGUUACUUGGGAGAGUGUGUAAUGGUUCCAUGCACACGUUUACAUCGCUCUCAAACAAACUGAUGGUUCAGUUUCACAGUGAUGGUAGUGUCACAAGAAGAGGUUUCCGGGCAGAAUAUUAUUCAUUUCUCAAAUAUGACAAUACUACCACUACAACAACGCAGAAGCCUGGAGCAGGUACCAGCCUCAGAUUGGUGAAUGGAAGCAAUAGAUGUGAGGGGCGCAUAGAAAUUUAUCACAAUGGAACCUGGGGGACAGUUUGUGAUGAUUCGUGGGAUCAAAGAGAUGCCCAGGUUGUGUGCAGGCAGCUUGGAUGUGGCCUGGCCGCUUUAGCGCCAGGAAAUGCUUAUUUUGGCCAAGGCUCAGGAUCUAUUCACCUGGAUGAUGUGCAGUGUUCAGGGAAUGAGUCAUUCCUCUGGCAGUGUCCUCACCGUGGAUGGGGCGCACACAACUGUGGUCAUGGUGAAGAUGCUGGUGUCAUCUGCUCAGCUCCCACUACAACAACACAGACGCCUGCAUCAGCAAGGCCUUCUUGUGGUGGUUUACUUUCAAAUUCAUCUGGGACAUUUCACAGCCCAUUCUAUCCUGGAAAUUAUGCAAGCAAUGCCAACUGUGUAUGGGAAAUACAAGUAAUGAACAAUUACCGUGUAACAGUCACAUUCAGAGAUAUUACGUUGGAAGGUGGUCAAUGCCAAUAUAACUACAUUGAAGUGUAUGAUGGACCAUUAUAUACCUCUCCAUUGCUUGGGAGAAUUUGUUAUGCUUCUGUUAUCACCUACACAUCGUCCUCAAACUUGAUGACUGUUCGGUUUCACGGUGACUACAGUUACGCAGCCAGAGGGUUUUCGGCUGACUAUUACUCCAUUCCAGCAGAUCAGAAUACUACGCUCCUGUGCUUGCCAGAAUACAUGAAGGCCGUUGUUAGCAGAGCCUACCUCAGUUCACAAGGCUACUCUGCAUGGGAUGUCAGCUUGAGUGACCCUUCUUGUAGACCAACAAUUACACCAUACUAUGUUAUUUUUGAUAUACCAUACACCCGCUGUGGCACCAGAAGAGAGGGAGACAACAAUACAAUCACUUAUACCAACCAGAUCACAGUAACCUCUUCUGGUUACAUAAUCAAAAGACAAAAGGACCUUCAUGUGCACGUCAACUGCAAAAUGCUCCAGAACACCUGGGUACAAGUUAUGUAUGUUGCUGACAAUGUUAUCGAGGUCAACGAAACUCAGUACAGCAGAUACAAUGUGAACUUGACAUUUUAUAGAUCAUCAUCAUUCUCACAGCCAGUCUAUGACUGGCCAUACUACGUUGAUUUAAACCAGAAUCUAUUCCUUCAAGCUUAUCUUCACAGCUCUGACUCGAAUCUGGUGUUGUUUGUGGACACAUGUGUAGUAUCCCCUGAUCCCAAUGAUUUUACAACUACAUCAUAUGAUUUAAUCAGGAAUGGCUGCAUUAGAGAUUCUACGUACAGGACAUACUACUCAGGCUACAAUUACAUGGCCCGGUUUAAAUUUAAUGCCUUCCAUUUUAUUAACUGGCAUCCAUCUGUUUACUUGCAAUGCCAGAUGGUGGUGUGCAGGGCAUAUGAUUAUUCCUCCCGUUGCUACCAGGGCUGCCUCUCUCGGUCCAAGAGAGAUACCGGCUCUUCUCAUGAAAAAGUGACUGUUGUUGUUGGCCCGAUUCAGCUUCGGAGAGAUGGCAGCCAGAACAGGAAUGCUGAACCGGACUUUUCAGGCCUUCAGAAAAAUGUGGAUAUGGAUAAUCCAUUAAUUGCUCCUGUUGAAAAUCACUUUGUUCCAUUUGUUGUUGCUGCUGCGGUCCUGGCAGUUGCAGUUAUCACUCUUGCUGGUUUUCUUUUGAAAAACAAAAUGGAGAAGAAAGAGGUUCCCUACAAGAUAAUGAUGUAAGAUGCAAAAGCACCAGCACUGGACAGACACCAGAAUAUUAGGAGACUGACUCAACGAUUCAGUUCUAGCAUUUGUUCUUCACUUUUACACAACAAAUCAAGCUUUCAUGGAAAUGUAUGAAAAACGUACUGUACACCCUAUGUUUUAGCUACUCAACUUGGAUUAGAGAGGUCUGAGCAUGAAAGCCCUGCACAUAAAGUACGCUGGGGUUGAGCAAAAUGUUGUCUCUUAGAUUUUGUCUCCCUAAUCAGUUGCCAUCUCCAAUAAUGAUCUCAAUGCAAAUCCUGUAUCUCAGCCACCAGCUCCACCUCCUCAAACUAGACCCAGCUAUUACUCCCAGCAUUUUUAGUGUACUGCAGCGAGAUUCCAGAGUAGGUUUGGGCAUCCUUGGAAGUAUUAUCUAUGCAUACAGGACAAGUAGCCUAGAAACCUGCCCAUGUCAGACCUCCAGAGUCACAUACUCUCCAAGUCCCUGACCUGUUAAAUGAGGAUAAGAGCACAGAAGUGUUGUGAGGAUGGUAAAAUAGUGAAAGUUGUGAAGAGCUCAGAUUCUUCAGUGGUGUGGGAGCCAUGUAAGUAACUUGGAGAGUUACUUUGAUAUCUUCAUCAGUAAUAAAUCCCAGUUGGAUACAACAUAUCAUUCUAAGUGAACCUUUCAUGCAUACAAAGACGUGUUUAAUUCUUAUGUCAAGGUUUCAGAUAUUGUUAGUAACUGCAGAUAGCCAAGAUACUUGAAUGCAAGAGCAAGUUUUCCCUUUUCCUCACGUCCCUUCAAAGCCCAUUGUACUAAGACCUCAGAAAUUCAGAGAUAGGGAUGAAAGACAUGCAUGGCAUGGGUAGUUACACAAAAGAGAGGUUUUAUUUAGCAGAAAUAUUUUGGUAAUCAGUCAUGAUUGGGAACAGAAUACAAAAUAGUACCUACAGUUAUCUGGGGAGAUACUUGACUACAACGUUUCAAACUAUCUCCAGCAAGGUUCUUUAAGGUUAAAUUUCUCAUUGUAAAAGUUUUGUGCUAAUUUGCAGUGUGGGGUGAUUUCUAGUCUAAAUGAAUUUCUUGGGUAAAUGCUGUGAUUCAAAAUCAGAAGAGGAAAGACCUAUAAUGCAAUAUUUCUGUCUGUAAACUUGCAAACAUAUACCACCUUUGCAUUUUGACGUCAAACUCAUACUUCACUGUAUUGGAGAGCUGCCUCUGUCAUAAAGAAGCUUUGUCAAACAACAA